UCGUUACCAUGGUAACGGUCAUAUAAACACAGAAAGUUCAGUGCGUCAAAUUGCGGCUCUCUACGUGGCUAACAUCCAUCCGUUCGUUUAAUAUCGUAGAGAAAACCCAUCUUGCUAAUUAAUUAGUUAGGGGUGAGCAUGAUUUCAUGGAUUGACUUGUUAUAGCCUAUAUAACGGUAAAAACACUAUUUGUUUCUCGAUUUCAUCGGGCUCAGAGCAGCAUGUCUUAUGCGCAGUCUCCCAAAAAGACGGGACUACCAAGGGAAGUCGUGAAAUGGCUGCAAAGCCUCGACUUGUCAUUUUAUCCGAAGAAUGUUCGCAGAGAACUUUCCAAUGGUUAUCUUGUGGCAGAGAUAUUGUCUCGUUAUUACCCUCAAGACUUUCAAGUGCAUUCAUAUGACAAAGGAACAUCACUUUCUGCCAAACAGAGGAACUGGAGCCAGAUAGAGAGGUCUUUACAGAAGCAGAAUUUGCACUUGAUGCAAGAGUUCAUUGAUGGAGCCAUCCACUGUAAACCAAGAGCAGCUGAACUCUUGGUGCAGGAGGUUUAUACUAUCUUAACUAAGAGGAGAAUCAGAAAUGUUCAAGGCUCAGAGUCAGACUUCACUGACCAGGAGUACCAGGAGCUUCUACCCGAACUGGCCCGCUCCACGGCCUCUAAGGCCAUCAAGAACAACCUGAGGAUAACAGAGAUCAUGGCUGAGCCCGAUAUCAGUACAAACCAGAAAAAGGCAGAGGUCAUCCUGAGCAGGUACCUGGACCACAAGGCUGCAGAGAGGGUUUCUAACCCUGAACGUUUUAAAGUGAAGCCUAAUCUGGGUCGGCUGGCAAACAAAAAUCUUUUGACAUCCAGCCGCAACGAUGACACUACAUUAAGUAGGGAGUUCUGCUCCUCAUCGACAUGGAGUGGUGCUGCCGUUUCCUUUAAGGAAAUAAAGGUGCACCAGCCUGCCAGGCGCUCCCUGGUUAACUAUUAAAGGAAAUGGAUGGAGAUCUGUGCUAUAAUUGUAUUGUGUGUUUUCCCUGGGUUUGUGGAAGGAUUAGGUGCACGUUGAAAAGCAUAGCCUAUUUUAACUAUUAUGCCUCAAGUAUUUACUGGAGUAUACUUUGUUUUGGAAGACAGAGGACGUCACUGUUUGUUAUGGCUUAUGUAACGUUCUAGUGCCUCUUUCAUCAUUGUUAAGCCAUGUCUGUUUAAACCAGUAGGUGGCAGCAACAAGUCACGACUCAAAACCACUGCUAAAGGUGUACCAUUGACAAAAAGAAGAAAUAAAUGCAUCCGGAACUGAACGGCCUUGCUGUUCAUAUGUUUCUGUUGUUCAUUUUGGUAAGAAGCAACAGACAUUUUUCUCAAUCUACAUUUUAAGAAAUUAUGAUCAGCCACCUGCCAAAUGCUGGUAAAACUAUGCUUCAGAUUAUUACAUUCACUGUGGUAGGCACCACUUUAGGUAACUAAUUACUGAUUCCUGAACUAGCUUUCUAGAGUUGGGGAGUAACGAGUCCAAGUGACUUGUAGACAUGAAAGUUUGUUUCUCAUUUAAUCAUUAAUGUUCCUAAUUGCAUAGCCCUUGGUUGAAUAGAUUUCAGCAAUACUUUACAGGCAGAUCCUCAGCGUUAAUAGCACCAUAUGUUGUGCCCCUUUAGCGGAUUACCUCAGGGCUGUGGCACCUCACCUUAGCUGUGCUCGCGGUAAGUGAAUGACGUUACAAAGUUUCCGUACUGACAGAAGCAUUUUCAUGUUUUUAAUUAUUUAGUCAUCGUGAGCCAGUUACCACAGAAUAAUUUUGCUCGUGGUCUGCUGGUUGGUGAUUUUUUUAGGGGUGCAACAACAGCUUGUGCGCAAGAUGCAUUUCUUUAAAAGGCAAUCAAGGUUGACUAUUGGCUUUAAGCUAAAAAGUUAAAUUAUAUGGUUUUAUACUUUUUUUGUUCCCUCAAAAGGGGUAAACAAACGUUCAAAUGGGGAUAAAGAAAGAUCAGCUGUAACUAUC